ACACACACACACAUAGACACCAGCGCUCAGAAGAGUACUAGAACAGCCACUUGUGUUCACACACUAUACACCUCGCUGAACAUACUAAGAGACUCUUUUUCACACAGAUUGUGAGGAGUUACGUAAUUUCUGCGCCUACUUCAUGCGGGAAGGAGGAGAGACUGUUUAACAAGAAGUAAACAGCUGAGAAAGUUGCACUCUAAGAUUGUCGUCAUGAAGUUACAUGUGGCACUAUUUUUUGCUGGGCUCUUUGGUGCCUUGGCAACUCUGUUCAUUUUCUUGUCUUUUGGCACGGACUAUUGGCUCUUGGCAUUAGAGACCUGCAAUUCACAACCAAAUCGUCCGGUUACUUUGCAGCAAGGUGAUGUUAAACAAGACCAGAACAUUACCUUUCAUCAUGAGGGCUUCUUUUGGCGCUGUAGCUUUAAUGAAAUCACGAAUGAGGACAAUCUGUGGAAGUUCUGGUUUGAAAAUCAUCCACAUGCGAGGGAAUGCAAACCUGCAUAUCUUCUCCCCUUUCCCUUCCCUGACCAGAUCUACAACACUACCAGCUAUCAGACUGCCAUAAUCUACAGAGGCUUCUGGAGCGUCUCUAUGUUGCUGGGUUUGGCCGCUGUGGUGGCCGGCGGUUUCAUUAUUAUUUGCGCAGCUCCAUUCGCCAGUCAUCGCCUUUAUAAAGCUGGAGGUGGGCUCUACCUCAUUUCUGGUUUCUUCCUUCUCGUUGUCACUGUGAUGUAUGUUUUCUGGUUAGAUGUUUUGGAUGUAAUAAGCUCGUAUAAUGAAUAUCAGAAGAACAAUAAGUGCUCUGAUUUCGAGCUCAGUAUGACUUAUGGCCUCUCUUUCAUGUUUGCUCCCGUGGGCGUGUUCUUCUGUCUUCUGUCCGGUCUUCUCUUCCUAGUGAUUGGCCGUACAGUCCAACAUCAUUGUAAAUGAACCUCAUGAAUGGUUUCAAAACAGUGCUCAAAAUACAUUAAAGGGAUUGCUCAU